UCAUGCCUGCUGCGAAGUCGAAGCAGAGGAGCACCCUCUUCGUCUUCGUGUACUUCGCCUCUUCCGCGGCGCUCGCGGUGCUGCUCUCGGCGUCCUGGCAAUGGCUUGCCGCGGCGUCCGCCCGGCCCGCCCGCAUGCGCCUGUUCAUGCACGACGUGCUCACCGGGCCGGGCGCCACGGCGGUCGAGGUCGUGAACGGCACGGGGCCGUCGCUGUUCGGGGGCGAGCCGCCGCUGCGGUUCGGGCAGGUGGUGGUGAUCGACGACGCGCUCACGGAGGGGCCGGACCCGGCGUCGAGCCCCGUGGGGCGCGCGCAGGGGACCUACGUUUUCGCGUCCAUGCACGGCCCGGCGUUGCUCUUCUGCAUGAAUGUGGUGCUCACGGCGGGGCCAUACUCCGGGAGCACCUUUACCGUCGUCGGCCGCGACAACAUCGUCGAGCCAUUGCGGGAGCUGUCCGUGGUAGGCGGCACCGGGCGGUUCAGGAUGGCGACGGGGUACGUGCUCUGGAAGACGGCGAGCUGGCAGCUACGCAAGAACGCCGUCCUCGACCUGGACGUGUUUAUCCACCUCCACGCCCACGCCCAUGCAUGAUGGACGCCAUCAAUCGCCUUAGACGCAGGUAUACCUGCCCAUCGGCAGCCUGGCCCGGACGGCCCGACCUUGUCCACGGGCCCGGACGGCUUGGCUUUUCUGCAUCGGGCUUGGUUAGGCCCGGCCCGGCCCGAGCCUUUUUUUUUCCUUUUUCACAUAUUAGUUCUAUUUUAGUCAAAUUUUAUAAAGUUUGACCAGAUACAUAUAUAGUAUUAAAAAUAAAAAGAAGUUGACGGAAUACUACCAUUGAUAUUAAAAGGUUGAGUGGUAAGC